AUGGCGAAGCUUACCAACCUUCCAGACGACGUUCUCUUCAUCAUUGCCGACUUGCUACGCCAUCGCGGAAUGACCAUCGACGAAGCCUUUGCCCAGGCCCACAAAGAUGACUUGAUCGACUCGGAUCGCGCCAUCAGCCGCUGUCUUCUGCGCGGCUUCGAUGAUCUCCGGAAUAUAUCUCUCGCCCACGAUCGCCUCAAAUGUGUCAUGAGACGGGCCUGGUCCACUAUCAGUUUCACGGGACCGAACGCGACUCGGAAAAUGGUCUCUUGCCUCAAAUUUCUCGACAAACAUUCCGAGGCCCAAGGCUGGAUUCACACAGUCUAUCUGAACCUCGAACAGUCUCAGCGGACGAAUCACCGCUUCGACGAGACCUCGGUCGCUUUCCUGCGUCAGCAAGCUUCCAACAAGGGUGUCGAAUGGGCGGAGGACGCCUGGCUGAGCAACGAUCAAGGAUGGCAUGGUCAUCGCAUUGAGACGAUUACUCUCCUUCUGCUUGCCAACCUCCCCAACCUGCAAGAACUUGGCUUCGCCCUCUCAGGAGGCGAGCCGAUGACAUCUUCCCAUUACGACUUGGGACAGAACUCCGACCUCAAUUUGCGUCCCCUUUGUCCCCAGCUCAGCUCUCUCGCUUUGAGGCCCGUGAAGGGCACCAUUCCCGUCUUUAGGGGGCUGUACUCCAUUAUCGGCAAGAUCGGUGCUGAGCCCACGCACUUGUACAUCGACAACCUGUAUCCAGUGCGCAUGGGCUUGGAGUCCGCAGGCCUCUGUCCCAGCUUAUUCGAAAAUGUUACGCACCUCACCAUCGCCGGCACCAUCUCCGGGGGUGAAUACCACGAUGCGUUUGACUCCGUCAUGGCGGACUAUGGCCCUCUCUUGGACUUUCGGCUCGUCGGUCACCUCAAUGAUUCGGAUACGGAACCCGGCUACGGAAUCGACCCAUUGCACGCUCUUGAUGGUCUCCGGCAGGGCGAGCGGCACACCAAGACCCUUCGCAGCCUUGUGAUCGACCUUUCCGAUAAUUGGGUAUCUUACGGGAAGUCUGGCAUCGACUAUUUGGACGAAUUCGAGAAUCUCGAGAACCUCUGGAUCGACGGAGACAGCCUCUACCGUGGAGAGUUCGAAAUUACGACCGUAUACGAAAAAGGAGAGCAACUAUAUUAUUACUACGAAGACGCUCUUUGGUCCCUACCAACGAGUUUGAAGAGAAUAUGCUUCACUCAUGAGCUUGAGCUUUCCAAGUAUGUUCUCCCCAACUUUGCGGAGAAUCUCGACUAUCUUACCAACUUGGAGCGCGUCUACUUGAAGGACCUUGACAAUCACGACGGCAUCGUGGAGGAUAUGCAGGAAGAGUUUGAGAAAUUCGGUGUCCCGGUGACGAUCACAGAGGUGGAUGCGGUUAUGUGGGAGGCUUCCUGA